CUUCCACUUCAAAACCAUAACCUUCAAACCUCCAGCCUGCUGCUAGCUGCUCCACCACAGACACGGUUGGCAAUUGCUCUUCCUGUGCAGAAGGGUUGACCAACGUCCCCGACUGGCCCCGGACUGGUUCUCCUUCAGAAAGAGGUGGGAGGGGAAGGAAGGCAGCUGAAUUUCGCGCCGCUUUCCCCCGGAGAUGAAGCUGCAGGCUGUCAUGGAGAACCUGCACAGGCAGCAGAGGGCCAAGCUGCUGAUGGAGCAGCAGCUUCAGCAGCAAGUCGCCGCCCAACACACUCAGGUCCGCACAAUUGUUGGAGGAGGGGAUGAGCCGAUGGGGAGCCCGGCCCCUGAGGCGGAGCAGGCCCAGAUGGCGGCACUGGCAGCCAUGCGUGCUGCGGCGGCCGGGCUGCAGAGGGUGUCGGACAGCCCGAUGUCAGAUCGCAGCAGCGUUGGUGAGGACGAAGGUGACGAUGAUGACAAUGAGGACGGGGAGGAGCAUUACAAGGACAUGAUGGGGUCAGAUGAGGAGGAGCAAAUCAAACAGAAAUGGGACGAGGAAGACUUUGAAGGCGAGAUGGAAGAAGACUUCGAUGACGACCUGGCGGAGGAGGGUCUGCCAACGGGCCAUAACGCGCUGGCUCCCGGGAAGGGUAUCCUCCUGCUGCCCCACCGACAACUCCACCCCCACUCCCAGCUGCUGAAAGCCCGUCCAAGUGUCGACCAGGAGCCCCGAUUAGCCAUCCUGCCUCCCCAUGCGACGCACAGCCAUCUGGGCGGGCAGGACCACGGAGACUGGACCUACGAAGAGCAGUUCAGACAAUUGUACGAACUGGAUAGGGACCCAAAGAGAAAAGAGUUUCUGGAUGACCUCUUCAGCUUCAUGCAAAAAAGAGGAACCCCAGUGAAUCGUAUUCCCAUCAUGGCCAAGCAGGUCCUGGAUCUGUACAUGCUCUACAGGCUGGUGACAGAGAAGGGCGGCCUGGUGGAGGUCAUCAACAAGAAACUGUGGAGAGAGAUCACCAAGGGACUCAACCUGCCUACCUCAAUCACCAGUGCAGCAUUCACCCUCCGCACACAAUACAUGAAGUACCUGUACCCAUAUGAAUGUGAUAAGAGGAGUCUGAGCAACCCCAACGAGCUCCAGGCAGCCAUCGACAGUAAUCGGCGGGAGGGCCGGCGACAGAGCUUUGGCAGCUCCCUCUUCACCUACUCACCCAACGGGACGCCCACCAUGCUCUCCUCACCAAAGCUCCCCUCAUCCAGUGUGGGCCUGAUGGUAGGCACCAACGGGGCCUCGCUGACCCCCAUCCAGAAGAUCAAGAAAGAGGAUGGAGGCCAGACGCUGCCGGGGGUCAGUGUGGCUCGUCUGCCAGCGGGGGCCUCGGCGGGACACUCGAUGGCUUCCAUGCAGGCAGCAGCAGCUCAGGCAGCGAUGGCGGCUCAGAUGGCGGCUCUGGAGCAGCUGAGGGACAAACUGGAGGCCGGCGAGCCACCAGAGAAGAAGAUGGCGCUGCCAGCCGAGGAACACCACCGACUGCUGCAGAGAGCGCUGCAACACAACCUGCUGGCCAUGACCGCUCAGCUACCCAUGAAUAUCCGCAUCAAUAACCAAGACAGCAGGCAGGACUCGGCCCUGAACCUCACCACCAACGGCACAAGCAGCAUCAGCAUGUCGGUGGAGCUCAACGGAGUGGUGUACACUGGGGUUCUUUUUGCUCAGGCAGCAGCAGGGUCGGCUUUGUCCGGUGCGGUCGGAUCGUCUGUCUCCAACAAGACGGUCAGCAGUCGUUUGACUCCACAGCAGCAGCAGCAGCAGCAGCACCACCACCACACACCUACCUCAACCUCUAGCAACCAGUUGUCUUAACAAACCCACAACCUUUGUUUUUCUGUUUUUUUCCAUGCUAAGUAAAGCCAAAAAACAACCUCAUUUUCUACAGAAUCUAUGCCAAAAAGAGAAGAACCGUAAACUGUACAGAAAGACACAAACUGAAACUCAGUUACACUAUCUCAGGUUUUCUCUCACCAACCCAUCUCUUUUGUUCAUCAUAGCCAAAAUGAUUUCGGUAAAAAUAUCUCAACUGAGAGCCAGUAUAUGCUAAACAAAUAUGUAUGCACAACCUGUGAAUUAUUUAUUUCUGCAUAAAUGUACAGAACAAAGAGAAGUUAAUAACCAGGAAAGGCAAUGCACUGUUUACACUCACAAACACAGCUACUGAUUGACAGCAACGUUUAUCCUCUAGGGGAGACAUUUUUUUCUUUUUAUUUUACCUUUUCAUUGUUAUUAUUGUUAUUCUCUUUA